CGCCUCCGGCACAAGGAGCCCGGCGGCGGCGGCGGCGGCGGCGUUUACUGGGUGGACUCGCAGCAGAAACGGUAUGUCCCAGUGAAAGGAGACCAUGUGAUUGGCAUAGUGACGGCUAAAUCUGGAGAUAUAUUUAAAGUCGAUGUUGGAGGGAGCGAGCCAGCGUCUUUGUCUUACUUGGCAUUUGAAGGUGCAACUAAAAGAAACAGACCAAAUGUGCAGGUUGGAGAUCUCAUUUAUGGACAAUUUGUGGUUGCUAAUAAAGAUAUGGAACCAGAGAUGGUUUGUAUUGACAGCUGUGGACGAGCCAACGGAAUGGGUGUGAUUGGACAGGAUGGUCUACUUUUUAAAGUGACUUUGGGCUUAAUUAGAAAGCUGCUAGCUCCAGACUGUGAAAUCCUACAGGAAGUGGGAAAACUGUACCCACUGGAAAUAGUGUUUGGAAUGAAUGGAAGAAUAUGGGUGAAGGCAAAAACCAUUCAGCAGACCUUAAUUUUGGCAAACAUUUUAGAAGCUUGUGAACAUAUGACAGCAGAUCAAAGAAAACAAAUCUCCUCCAGUAAAACAUGUUCAUCAAAGAAAAUGUAGAAUACAUAAAAAGUAUGAAGCAGCGAACAAAAAUCACUUGAAAUCCUAUUAUGUAGUGGUGAGUAUAUAACAGCUAACAAUUAUCAUAUAUUUACAAAUCAAGUAUUGUUCCAAGUGUUUUGUUUGGAUUGACUCAUUUAUUCUUAGUAACUGCAAAAGACAACUUCCUAGUGCAAGAAACUGAGGCUUAACUUGGCCAACAUUCUCAACCACUAAUGUGAAUAUAUGUUUUUCAAAAUGGAAUUAUAGAAUUAUAUUUUAUAUACUAGUCUGUAAUAUACUUUGUCCACUUCAAACAUUUAAAUAUAUUUCUUUCAUGAUUGCUAUUAAAAAUUCCAUAGUUGUA